AAGUGGGCGGGAGAGGAAGCUGCUGGUGAUGCUGGAACAAAUAUGGCCGCCCCGGCGCCCGUCGGCUCCUCGGGCUCCCGCAGUCCUCUGCUAGCCGCCGGCCUUCGGCUGUUCCCACUACUGGGGCUGCUGCAGCUGCUGGCCGAGCCUGGCCUGGGCCGCGUCCACCACCUGGCGCUCAAGGAUGAUGUGAGGCAUAAGGUUCAUCUGAACACCUUUGGAUUCUUCAAGAAUGGGUACAUGAUGGUGAAUGUCAGUAGCCUUUCGGUGAAUGAGCCUGAAGGAGCCACAGACAAGGACGCAACUAUUGGAUUCAGCCUAGACCGCACAAAGAAUGAUGGAUUUUCUUCUUAUCUGGAUGAAGAUGUGAAUUACUGUAUUUUAAAGAAACAGUCUGCCUCUGUCACCCUUCUAAUCCUAGACAUCUCCAGAAGUGAAGUGCGAAUAAGAUCUCCACCAGAAGCUGGUACCCAGUUACCAAAGAUCAUCUUCAGCAAGGAUGAGAAAGUCCUUGCUCAGAGCCAGGAGCCUGGUGUUAAAGCUGUUUCAGCAGGCAGCCAGACUCAGAAUAAACAAGACAGUGGAAAGUCUGAAAGAAGUACAGUGGAUUCAAAGGCAACAGGAGAGAAAUCCUUUUCUGUUCGUAAUAAUGAUGGGGCAGUUUCAUUUCAGUUUUUCUUUAACAUCAGCACUGAAGACCAAGAAGGCCUCUACAGUCUUUAUUUUCAUAAAUGCCCUGGAAGUGAAAUACGGUCCAAUGACAAGUUUUCAUUCAGCCUCGAUAUCGAGAUCACAGAGAAGAAUCCUGACAGCUACCUCUCAGCGGGAGAAAUUCCUCUCCCCAAAUUAUACAUUUCUAUGGCCUUUUUCUUUUUGCUCUCUGGGACCAUCUGGAUUCACAUCCUUCGAAAACGACGGAAUGAUGUAUUUAAAAUUCACUGGUUGAUGGCCGCCCUUCCUUUCACCAAGUCUCUUUCCUUGGUGUUCCACGCAAUCGACUACCACUACAUCUCCUCCCAGGGCUUCCCGAUCGAAGGGUGGGCUGUGGUGUACUACAUCACUCACCUCUUGAAAGGGGCCCUGCUGUUCAUCACCAUCGCACUCAUUGGCACUGGCUGGGCUUUCAUUAAGCACAUCCUUUCUGAUAAAGACAAAAAGAUCUUCAUGAUUGUCAUCCCGCUUCAGGUCCUGGCAAACGUGGCCUAUAUCAUCAUAGAGUCCACCGAGGAGGGGACGACUGAGUAUGGCUUGUGGAAGGAUUCUCUGUUUCUGGUGGACCUGCUGUGCUGUGGAGCCAUCCUCUUCCCGGUGGUAUGGUCAAUCAGACAUUUACAAGAAGCGUCAGCAACAGAUGGAAAAGCUGCCAUUAACUUGGCAAAGCUGAAACUUUUCAGACAUUACUACGUCUUGAUCGUAUGUUAUAUAUACUUCACCAGGAUUAUUGCAUUUCUCCUCAAACUUGCUGUUCCGUUCCAGUGGAAGUGGCUCUACCAGCUCCUGGAUGAAAUGGCCACGCUGGUGUUCUUUGUUCUAACGGGGUAUAAGUUCCGUCCAGCUUCAGAUAACCCCUACCUACAACUUUCUCAGGAAGAAGAUGACUUGGAAAUGGAAUCUGUAGUGACCACAUCAGGGGUGAUGGAGAACAUGAAGAAAGUCAAGAAGGUGACCAACGGCUCGGUGGAGCCGCAGGGUGAGUGGGAAGGCAGCGCGUGAUGGAGCGGCUCCGAGGCGGCACUGUCAAAGGAAACGGGUUACACAUAGUCCUGUUGGUCAGCGAGAGAGGUCGGCCCCUCCCGACGGUGACACCGCAGAGCACGUGGCUGGGAGCAAAUUGCCACAGAAGCCGAACUUUUCACUCUUUUCUGGAAGCCGGAUCUGUGGCUGGUGAUAGGCAGCUAGAAUUCUCCUUCAGGUGGGAGUGCUGGGUAGGGGGUGUAAGAGGAGGAGGGUAAAAGGAAGACUUUGUUUUUAAUCUCUAUUAUUUUAAACUGGUAACUCUUCAGGUAGGUGCAGCUGUGACCCGUUGUGUAGCAGCGGAAUGUAGGUGGAUGGGGCAUGGCGGGUGGCGGUGUGUCUGCAGCCAUUCAGGGCAUGGGAAGGGGCUUUAGGAAACGAGCAGAUGUCGAGCGGGGCACGGGGGCUCACAAAGAAGGGGGAGGUGAGCAUUGCUGCGUUUUGGGGACAAAAAACGAGUGAGAUCAGGUUAUUUUAGAAAGCAAAGUCAAAACCCAAUUUAGUAUUAAGAGCCUGCCCCAGGAUUUCUGGCCCUGAAUGUCGCCCCAGACCUUCAUCCCGGAUUCUGAAAGUGACCCGGGACAACAGUCGUCCGAGGGCUGCGGUGUCCGAGUCAAGGCCCUGGUGGUGGCAAAUGGUUCUCUUGACUGAAGUGUGUUCUGUGUUACCUAAUGGAUGGACGGAAGUGUGUUUUUAAGCUGAAGAAGCCGCCUCCUGUAGGAUUUCCCUGAACAUCUGGUUCCCCCGACGGCCCAGAGCAGCACCGUCUCUGGUGGCCCUCCCUUCUCGCAGCUGCAUCUAUUUUGUGUGAUCAGAAUACGGGGAAAUGGGAAGGAGGCAGCCCGAGCACCCCCCCACCCCCCCACCCCGACCUCCUGGCCUGCCUCCUGGGUGCUGGAUGGUGACGGUGGCUGGUGGUUAUUCUCUUACCUCUGGCUUGGAAGGGUCAAUCAGAAGUCACAAGAUUUAGGGGUGCCGCUCAGUAUGCCCGGUUUGGGAACCUGAAGUGUCUUUACUCAGAAAACCGUUAUUUUCCCUCUCCUGUACCAUUGUCACUUCCUAAAUGACCAGUGAGGAAGCAAAAAUGUCCU